GGGGUCUCAGUUUGGGGACUUGCGGCCCGAGUGCUGCGGAUUCCGCCCAUCUAUUCCUGCCCCGACCUUUCCUCCUCUCCACCUUCGGAACCAAAAGCAAUCAAAAACCGCCUAAGCCCCAUUAUAUAUAUGUCCCCACUCUCCCAAUUUCCCUUCACCCAAACCCACUCAAAUCAUCAAAAAUAGAAACCGUCCUAAUCUCUCACUCAAAUUUCCCACUUCUUCUUCUUCCUCUUCUCCGAAUCAAAUUAAUUUUCUCCUCAAUCUCUUUCUAUCUCUAUUGGAUGAUGGAGGAUCUGAUACCAGGCCUUCCGGAAGAGAUCGCUCGGGAGUGCCUUCUUCGCGUCCCGCACGACGCCUUUGGCACGGCCCGCUCCGUUUGCAAGCUCUGGAAGCAGGAGGUGGAGUCGUCCCCCUUUCACCACCUCCGCAAAUCCGCCGGCCUCGCCCGCCCACUCGUCGUCGUCGCCCAGACCGAGCCCACGCCGAGCCCGCCCGCCACCAAGAACCAUGCCACCCUCGCCCCGCUGUACCGCCUCGCCCUCUUCGACGCCUCCACCGCCGCCUGGGCCCCGCUCCCGCCCAUCCCGGGCCUCCACCACGGCCUCCCUCUCUUCUGCCAGCUGGCCGCCGUCGGGACCGAGCUCGUGGUCACCGGCGGAUGGGACCCGCGCACCUGGGCCGCCUCCGACGAGGUGUUCGUCUUCGACUUCGUGUCGGCGACGUGGCGCCGCGGGGCCCGCAUGCCGGGGCCCCGGCGGUCUUUCUUCGCGUGCGCGGCGUCGGAUGCGGAUCGGGCGGUGUUCGUGGCGGGCGGGCACGACGAGAGCAAAAACGCGCUGCGGUCCGCGCUGGCGUACGACGUGGCGAGGGACCGGUGGGUGGCGCUCCCGGACAUGGCGAGGGAGCGCGACGAGUGCAAGGGCGUCUUCCUGCGUGGCACCUUCCACGUCAUCGGCGGCUACACCACGGAGGCCCAGGGCCGCUUCUCCCCCUCCGCGGAGGCCUUCGACGUCGCGGCGUGGAAGUGGGGCCCCGUGCAGGAGCGCAUGCUGGAGAGCGCCGCGUGUCCCAGGACCUGCGUCGCGGGGGCCGAUGGGAAGCUGUACAUGUGCACGGGCGGACAUGUGGUGGUGAUGGAGGCGGAUGCGUGGCGGAGGGUGGCGGAGCUGCCGGGAGAUGUGAGGGUGGCGCUGCACAUGGUGGCAUGGAAGGGGAAUCUGAUGGUGCUGGGGUCGGGCAUCCACGGUGGGGCCCAGAUCGGGUACUUUCUGGAAGUCGGUGAAGGGAAGGGGCCCGCCGCGUGGAGGAAGGUUGAGGUGCCGGCGGCAUAUUCCGGUCAUGUUCAGGGCGGGUGCUGCCUGGAAAUUUAGACGGGCGGGUUCUUUUGUUUUGUUUUGUUCCUCUUUAAUCAUCCUUGUUCCGCGAGUUUCCUACCCUGUUGUAUAUAAAAAUUUUGAUAUAUAAUAUUAUUCUGCAUAAUAAAU